CUCUAAAACAUCUUCUUGAUAUUUCUUUUUACUACAUCAACGCCAGGGAGUAUUUAUAGUAUAUAUCGAUGCCUUACGAGAACUCACUAAACGACGCUACCAAGACAAAUUCAGAGCUCACAACUUGAAAUUCUCGACUCGAAUAAGGCUAUCCUAGCUUAUAAGUAGAAAGGCGCAGGUCAACUAUCUACUCUUGUUCGUAUUAAAGAAUGGCCGAGUCUUCUUCAGAACAUGCCAUGUUCAACGUCCUGAAAAGUGCAGUGAUCGAAGGGGGAGCGCCUAGAGCAGGCCGUUUAACACUCCCGAAACGAAAACCAAUUGACACGCCCAACUAUAUUGGUCUUUCAUCACGAGGAGCAACACCACAUAUGACACCAGAUGUCAUCACCAAGCAUACAGAGCUCCACGGCUCAUAUAUGGCUUUGGAAGACUUUAUAGAAAAAUCUCAAAAGAGGGCCCAACCUGCGGUUUUUAACGUAGAUAUCGAUGGCAAAGAGGCACUACAUGCGUAUACCGCUACACCCACGCCACUAGCCAUAGUGCUCGGUGCUCGACGGCAUCCUGCAGUAGUAGCUCCUAUGGGUAAUGGGAAAGACUAUGUCUCCGUUUACACAUCUACCGGCUUCCAGAAGUUGAAAAACAGCGAAUAUUACCAAGCUGUCGAGAAGCUGCAGCCAGACAUUGCAAUACCCCUUGCGGACCUGACGUUCGGAAAUUCACAUAUUAGGACUAAGCUUCCAAAUCCGAAAAGGCAGCUCCGCAUGGUGGAGAGAACAGAGGACUGGCUAUCCGAAAUUAUAAAAUUAAGAAAUACCAAUGGUGAGAACGAGACUGCUAAGCCCUCUUUAUUCGCUCCACUGUUGCCGGUUGCUUAUCCGACGCAAUGGGAAUACUUAAACCGCCUAUCUCAGGACUAUGUCCAGCAUUUAUCCGGGCUUGCGGUGUACGAUGCGGAUAUCCUUCCGGACCUUAGCAAUCAUGAGUCCCUCAGUUCGCUGCCUCGGAUUUCUAUGGACUUUAUAACGUCACCACAAGAGAUCCUCCGGCAAACUCGCUUAGGGAUUGAUAUAUUCACUGUGACAUUUCUUAACGCAGCCUCGGAUGCUGGAAUCGCUCUUACCUUCUCAUUCCCACCACCAUCACCCGUGAAAACAGGCGCAUAUCCGCUAGGAAUAGAUAUGUGGUCGCCAGACCAUCAGGUAUCAUUGACGCCGCUCGCAAGUGGAUGCGAAUGCUAUACUUGCACCAGGCAUCACCGCGCCUACCUCCAGCACCUCCUUAACGCCAAAGAAAUGCUUGGAUGGACACUUCUUCAAAUCCACAAUUACCAUGUCUUGGACCAGUUUUUCAAGGGCAUCCGAGCUGCGCUUACCGCAGAACCCUCAACGUUCGAGCGUGACUGUGAUAUCUUUUCCGAGGCCUAUGAAUCCGUGCUUCCUAAGGGUACCGGAGAGAGGCCUAGGGCUCGAGGAUACCAUUUUAAGCCCGAAGGGGGGCAGUCGAAGAUCAAUCAACCAGCUUGGGAGAAGUAUGGGGAAGGCGGAACUGAAGACUCGACACUCGCCGGAGAGAUAGCAGGCCUAGCUGUAACAGGGACCACCGCAGAGGGAGGAGAGACCCCACUCGUCCCCGAUGCUGAAACCGAUGCCAAUGAGUUAGAUAGGAAGGGCUUCGCUGAAAUUGACAAGUGAGCUCCUGUUUAUAAGUGAUGACCUCAACUUCUUGCUGCACUUGACGAUAGAUUACGCGCUGCAAUUAUGAUGCACCGUCCUUGGUGAGAGGUAUGGCUAUCCAGUCAUUCACCGGGUCCAGCCCAUUUUCGAGUCGGCUGGGUCAGUUGUCCGAAUGAAUUAUUACUAGCUACCUACCUUAGGAAGUACUUAAGGCGUGGGACAAUUCGGUCGCCGAGGUCGUUGUUCGGUGGCCUCCACAUCUUUGCCACAUAAUCACUAGGGUUUGUUCCCGAGAAUUUGGAACCAAGAUUCAUAUCUGCAUGUAAUGAGUUGACAUCCUUAUGUAUUGCCCUAUUAUAUGCAGUAUAUCUGUAAAGGCAUUUUCAACCGCAGAUCAAGCAACUAACCACAAAUUUACAUAGGCACUGGGGAGGAAUACUACAUAGCAGAGAAGUUAUCAUCUCUAGCAAUGCGCUUACAGGCGUCAAUCGUCUCUUCUCG